AUGUUAACUUUGGACAACUUCAAUCAAACAUCGCAUAAACAACCCAUUCUGAAUAGUCCGCGAUCAAUAGAAGCAUGUUAAAGAUGUGGAGUAUUAACUGAAGAAUUAAUUAAAAUAAGUAUCAAGGAAUUAAAGCAAAGAAAUCCUGAUUUAAGAUUGAACAAACAAGGAUGGAAGAUUCUGUGGAGACAUCAUGAAAUAAGGAGAUAAGAGACAUUGUAAUUAUGUAGAGAAGAAAGAAAACAAAUUAUAAUCUAAAAUCAAGAUGAACAUUAAACUAAUUUAUAAUAUGAUGAUUAUGCUAUUUAAGUUUAAAAUGAAUUAGACUAAGUUGAAAUUGAAAAAAUUUAAGAAAGAACUAAAAGAGAAAUAUAGCAAAUGCAACACUUUCAAAAAUUGUAAUAAGAAAUUAAUGAAAAGAGCUAACAAAAAUAAUUAAAGAAACAAUAAAAAGAGUAUUAGAGGUAAUAGGAAUUGCAAUUACAUAAAAUGAAGUAGGAACAAGAUAAAAUAAGAAGAGAUUAAGAAAAAAAACUAAAGGAAUAAUUAGAAGAAUAAAGAUAAAAAUAAAUUGCAUUAGAAUAAUACCAAAAAGAAUAAGAAAGAGCCUAAUAGGAAAUUAAAAAGCAUUAAGAAUUGCAAGAGGAACAUAGAAGAAAAGAGGAACAACAAAAGUUGAAGCAAUAAUAAUUCAGAUAAUAAUUGCAGAAUAAGGAUUUAUAACAUGAAAUGGAAUAAUAAUAUAAGAAGGAGCUAUUGCAAUUCAAAGAAAAAGAAAGAUAAGCAAAGUUACUUUAAUAACAAUAGGAAAGAGCAUAAGCAUCUAAAUUUGCUUAAGAAGAAUUAGCUUAAAAGUUGCUUUAAGUUAAAGAAUAAUAACAAUACAAAUUGAUGAAAAUGUAGGAGGAGUUUUAAAAUAAACAAAUUUAAAGCGAACAUUAAAGAUAAUUGUUUGAGUAGGCAUAGCACUAGAAAUUUAUGGAAAUCUAAAAUAAGGUAUUACUGUAAAAAGAGAAGAUGUUAAAGUCAGCUGAAAAGUGUAAGUAGAAGUAAGAAAUAAAAUAAGAAAUCAAUAUUUCAAAACAAAAAUAGAAAAAUGAGAGAAUUAAAUUACUUUAAGAGUAAAAACUUGUUGAGCAUUAAUAAAAAUUAGAAUAAUAGGAAAUUGAAGAAAAGUAGAUUAAAUAAAAAGUAGAAGAAUUGUAAAAUACAAAUAAAGAUUAAAGAGUUGAAUUAAAUCAGAAACUCAUUUUAAAGGAUUUCAUGAUUAAAGAAAAAUAGCUAGAGAAAAAAUAAUUAUUAGAGUAAAUAAAACUAUAAGGAAAUUAGAAAAUGAAAAAUAAAAAGUUAGCUCUUGAAAAGUUAUAUUAAAAACAACUUAUGGAAAGACAAUUAUUAAAAGCUUCUUAUAAUGAAAAAUUGAAGUGGAAUGAAAGUCUAAAAAUAUCACAUUAUCAAAAUGAGUAGAAUUGGAACCUAGAUUUAAGACCUUCAACCGGUUUAUCAAAAUCAUCUUUUGAUAUCCCAAGGGUUUAAUCAGCUUUAAAUAAGAAAAUGGAAAAGGAGGAGACAAGAGUGAAUGAAUUUUUGAAAAAUCCUCAAAAAAGGCAAGAAUUUCAAGAGCUUGAAGAAAUAUAGCAUCAAGAGAUGAUUUAAUUGAUUGAAUAUGAAUAAAAAUUAGAAGAAGAAAGAGAGAGAACAAUGUUUUAGAUAGAAAACUACCAAGAGUAAAUGAGAUUAGAGAAGAUAUUUGAAAUUGAGAGAAAAUAAGCCUAAAAGAAUAUCCGAAAUUUAUAAAUAAAACAUGAUUAUCAAAUUGAAGAGCUACUAUCUACUUGA